UUCCCAAACACCUCCUGCAGGAAGCCCUUAUCUCCUUGGCCCCAAACAGUUACCAUUAUGCUGUACUCCAUCUCUCUGAUCACUGUGACUCUCAACCUGCUCAUCAUCACCUCAAUCUCCCACUUCAGGCAGCUCCACACACCCACCAACAUCCUCCUUCUCUCUCUGGCUGUCUCAGACCUUCUAGUGGGCCUCGUGCUGAUGCCUGUAGAAGUUCUCCGAAAAACAUCCUGCUGGUUUCUUGGUGACUUUGUGUGUGCUACGUAUAUUAUUCUUUCAUCCAUCAUUCCCUCAGCCUCAAUAGGUGACAUGGUGCUCAUAUCAGUUGACCGUUAUGUGGCUAUUUGUGACCCUCUGCAUUACACUACUAAAGUCACCGGGGGGAGAAAAUCAGAGCUGAAAGCAGCCAGGAAUCUUGGUGUUCUUGUAGUUGUGUUCCUACUAUGUUUCAGCCCAUAUUACUUGGUCUCUCUUGCAGGUGACAACUUGGUCAAUGCUUCAUCUGCAUCCUAUGUUCUCUUUGUGUUCUAUUGUAACUCUUGUCUAAACCCUGUGAUCUAUGCCUUCUUGUACCCCUGGUUUAGAAAAUCAGUUAAACUCAUUGUAACUCUUCUGAUACUGCAGCCUGGCUCCUGUGAGACCAACAUGCUGUAG